AGUGUUGCUGUGUGCUGGUCACUGUGCUGCGUUAUCUAUUCCUGGUGCCUCACUCCUCUGCAUUAUCUGUUCCUGGUACCUCACCCUUCUGCAUUAUCUGUUACUGAUCUAGGAACCAGCAUCCUCCUCCUGUCUGGACGUGCUGUCAGGAUGAGCCCUACAUUACGUCUCUCCGGGACCUUCCUGGUCGCGCUGGCUCUGGGCUUCGCGGCUGCAUCUCCAACUCCUAGAUCUCCAGACUUCGAUGAUGAUUUGAUGGAUUCCAGCCUGGGUGAUAUGUUCAGGGAAGUGGAGGAGCUGAUGGAGGACACUCAGUACAAGCUGCAGAAUGCAGUCAAAGAGAUAGAGGCCGAGAAGAUCUCGUCGGACAGGGUGGCCUUCGAAGACCUCCCUCCCAAUUUUCAUAAUGAAACGAUAACUGAGAAGAAGAUUGGAAAUGACACCAUACUGAUCCGGGAGCAGAUUGAUAAGAAAACCGACAACAGAACAGGAUCAACCUAUAUUUCUGUUGUAUCAGAGCUGAAGAGCGGGAACAUGGACAACGAGUGCAUUGUGGAUGAGGACUGCAGGCCCGGCAAUUACUGUCAUUUCUCAGACUCCAACUACAGAUGUCUACGCUGCAAGGCAGAGGAGACGUGCACCAGAGAUGGAGAGUGCUGUGACGGACAACUGUGCGUCUGGGGUCAGUGCAAGACGUCUUCCAAAGGAGAGAGCGGCACCAUAUGUGAGAGCCAACGGGACUGUGAGCUCGGCCUGUGCUGUGCCGUGCAUACAAGCCUCCUGUUCCCUGUUUGCACUCUGAUGCCUGUGAAGGGUGAAGUCUGCCAUACCCCAAACCCACUGCUAGACUUGUUAUCAUGGUACAUGGAAGCAGAAGACCCCGUGCACAUCUGCCCCUGUUCCCACAGACUGGUCUGCCAACCGCAGAGUGAUGGCUUACCGUCGGUGUGUGAAGAACCAUCAGUACAAAACGUCAAAAAAGACCCUUCUGAGACCCUCAUUGAUGACCUGCUGCUCGUCACCCCAACGUCCCAAAAGGAUAUGAUCUACGAAGACCUAGGGGUUCUGCCGAAAGGGUUUGCAGCGGUACCCAGCGAUUCAGUCGAUGCUGCGGAGAGCGAACAGAAAUUUGCUCCUGAACUGCAUCUUGUGGACUACAUCUGAGGACUUGUAUGCAAGACUUGGGCACAAGUUAAGAGAUCAUGAACUGGUGACUGUCAGAUUUGUAAGAAGGGAUAGACAUUAUCUAGCCUUAGUGUGGCGCAAACCGUCUUACCGAGACCCGAAACGGCUACUCUGCCCGACAUCAUUAUAACUUAGGAGACUUAGCUUUGGGUUUUUGUUAAGGAUUCACUGACGACCUGUAAUGACAAAAUAAGAGGCACCCAGUACUGCAUGUGAUACUGUGAUUUUCCUGUACUGACUGUGCCGAUAAUGCCACGUGGCAGGAAAACCGUACCCAAAUUCAUCACAUCCUCCUCCUCCUCAUAUAAUUCCAUCAGAUAAUGUGUCGUCUCUUAGAACAUUAACCUUCUGUUACCCAGAAUCCCCUCUAGCCACAGCUGGAACAGCAGGACACAAGCAAGGUACUGAAGAUUCUGAUAAGCUUCUCUGUGUGAACUAAGGGGACAUAAACAGUGUACGUAACAAGAGCACGGGUCUCAAUAUAGCUCAGUAAUUAAUGAACAAAUUCCAAAUUGGAUUCACUGAUGUUUGAUGUGCAAUAGAAGAGGGGGCUUAAUUUAAAUUCUAGGAUUCCACCGUUUGCAUGUUACAUUUUAUCGUUUGUGGUGGAACGAGUAUCUCUGAUGUUCUAAUGCACGAUUAAACUAUUUUAAUAA